CUCCUUCCCACAGGCUCACAGCGGAGGCAACAGCGAGGUGUCCGAUUUGGGCACGUGAGGCCCGUGAUCUCCGGCAGUGGACGCCAGGCAGGGCAAGGCCGUUGGCAUGAAGACCCCCAACGCACAGGAGGCCGAGGGGCAACAAACUAGGGCAGCUGUGGGACGGACCACUGGGUCUGCAAACAUGAUGAAGAAAAAAGCCUCCCAAAAGAAGCAGAGGGGCAGACCUUCCUCCCAGCCCCGCAGGAACAUCGUGGGCUGCAGAAUUUCUCACGGAUGGAAGGAAGGCGAUGAGCCCAUCACCCAGUGGAAAGGAACCGUUCUGGAUCAGGUGCCUAUAAAUCCCUCUCUUUAUCUGGUGAAAUAUGAUGGAAUUGACUGUGUCUAUGGACUGGAACUUCACAGAGAUGAAAGAGUUUUGUCUCUUAAAAUUCUUUCCGACAAGGUGGCAUCAUCUCAAGUUAGUGAUGCCAACCUUGCAAAUACGAUAAUUGGCAAAGCAGUGGAACAUAUGUUUGAGGGUGAGCAUGGUUCUAAGGAUGAAUGGAGGGGGAUGGUCUUAGCCCAAGCACCUAUCAUGAAAGCCUGGUUUUAUAUUACAUAUGAGAAAGAUCCUGUCUUGUACAUGUACCAGCUUCUAGAUGAUUACAAAGAAGGUGACCUCCGUAUCAUGCCAGAGUCCAGUGAGUCUCCUCCAGCAGAGAGGGAGCCAGGAGGAGUUGUAGAUGGUCUGAUAGGUAAACAUGUGGAAUAUACCAAAGAAGAUGGCUCCAAAAGGAUCGGCAUGGUCAUUCACCAAGUGGAAGCCAAACCUUCUGUGUAUUUCAUCAAGUUUGAUGAUGAUUUCCAUAUCUAUGUCUAUGAUUUGGUGAAAAAGUCCUGUUAGAGUGAAAUUUGCCAGUUUCGUAGAGGCAAAUGUAUAAUUUAUAGACACGUGAUAAAUGUUGACUUUUCAGUGUAUUGGAAGCUUAAGGUUUCCUGUUAA